AUGGGGGCAGGUCGGAUCCUGGGGGCUGGGAGCUGCUGGGCUGGGGCUCUGCUAGUGACACUGACGGUGCUGAAAACCCACCUGGCUCACUGCAUGGAGCCCCCAGCUGAGCCCCCCCCAGGGCAUUUCGUGUUCCAGGGGAACUGUGAGUGUCAGUUCACCAAUGGCACCAAGCGGGUCCGGUUCCUGGAGCGGCACAUCUACAACCAGCAGCAGAUCAUGCACUUCGAUAGUGACCUGGGGGUGUACGUGGCGGACACGGAGCUGGGCCGGCCCGACGUCAAGCUCUGGAACAGCUCGCCUGGCUUACUGUCAGACAUGCGGACUGCGGUGGACUGGUUCUGCCGGUACAACUACGAGGCACGUAAGCCUUUCACCAUCGACCGGAGAGUUCAGCCCGAGGUGACAGUUUUCCCCACAAAAUUGGGGUCCCAGCCCCACCCCCACUUGCUGGUUUGCUCUGUGAUGGGGUUUUACCCCGGGGGGAUCGAGAUCAAGUGGCUGAAGAACGGGCAGGAGCAGACGGCCGGGGUGGUGUCCACGGAGCUGCUCCAGAACGGAGACUGGACCUUCCAGAUCCUGGUGAUGCUGGAGAUGAGCCCCCGGCGAAGGGACGUUUACACUUGCCAGGUGGAGCACAUCAGCCUGCGGGACCCCCUCACUGUGCACUGGGAGGCGCAGUCUGACUCUGCCAGGAGCAAGAUGCUGACGGGGGUCGGGGGCUUUGUGCUGGGGCUGAUCUUCCUGGCGCCCGGACUCCUCAUCUACCUGAAGAAUAAGAAAGGGCGCCCCGUUCCCCAACCUGUAGGGCUCCUGAGUUAGAUCCUGGGUGUUGGAUCCCCCAGCCAGCAGGAGUUUCUGUCUGUCUCUCCCAGCACCUCGCCCAGCCUGGAGAAUGCAGAACCUGGGGCCGGUCUCUUCCUGUCCCCGUCUGCUCCCCACGCUCUGCCCGGCUCCAGCCCACACUGCCCCCGCCUGGGGACCCGUCCCUGCCCCUCAAUCCCAGCAGGGCCCUGGGGUGACCCUGUCACACUGUCGAGUGGCUCACGAGUGUGGGUACCAGUCUCAGGGCACAGUUAGUACCCGGGGCACCAACCCCAAAUUGGCUGAGCUCUGUACUGAGAUUUCACCAAUGUAUUGGGUGUGAACUCCGCAGGCCCUGUAACAACGUAACCGCGGAGCCACAGACAGUUCCCUGGGGCUCUCCAAUCUGUCUGGCCACCCCGGCCAGCCUGCCCUUGUGAUCCAUCGAUUGAUCGACCCUUCCUCCACAAAUCACAGCGAUAUUCGGGUCACUCCCUGUCCCAAAGGGUCAGUUGCUUACCCCAGGGCCGUUGCACCUUCGAUCUCACCCCACAGAUAACGCUUGUAACCAAUCCUAUA